AUGGUUUUAAGCAGAUCAAACAUUUUAUGUAGACUGCCUAUAAGAAAAUUAUUAAUUUCUAAACGUUUAAAUUCAACACAAUUAUGGGAAGAUCCAUGGAAUCAUGCUCUUCCUAAACAAACGAAAACAUAUACAGAAGUUGCUGAAGCAAAUAUAGAUUGGUCGUUAGUUGAAAGACUUAUGCCAAUCGAAGUAAUCCCACCUAUGCCAGAUAUUACAGGUUAUUCUCCAAGUGGAUGGAAAGCCCCUUCUAAAGAAUUAACCAACUUACCAUAUUCAGUAACUCGUAGACGUGAUCAUAUGCUUCCACUAUAUUUACAAAGAAGAAGGGAUAAGUUAAAUGAAAAAACAAUGGAUUUUGAAUAUGUUGAGAUCGUCACAAUGAGACAAAUUUAUGGUGAUGUUUUUGCUUGUGAAAAAGAUUUAAAACAAUUUUUAGAAGAUAAUCUUAAACACAAAGUUGCAACAAGUGUUGAUGAAUUAAAAGGUACCAUAAAAGUUAAAGGAGCUGACAGAAGUUUAUUAGAAAAAUUUUUGUAUGAAAAAGGUUUUUAA